AUGCCGCUGAAGAUAACCUCAACAAUCAUUCCACUGAAGACAACCACAACAAACGUCCCUCAGAAGAAAACCACCGAUGCCUCAACUGCCACCAACUCGGACAUGGAUUGUUUCAUUGUGGACAGCCCAUUGAAACCAGAGUCACCUUCGACGAUCUCACAAACACUUUGUUCAACAAACGAGGCUCCUUGUAUAACGCCAGAAUACAAAGAUAUUGGUACUGGUGUGGAGAAGCUGCCGAAUAUUUCCGAAGAUACCAAAGUUCCAAGUAUUGAACCCACCGACGAAUUGGCCAAAGCUAUCAUUGUACCAUUGGGUCCACGUGGAUUUAGAAACCUGUACCUAUUACCAAGGGAGCCAUUUAAUAAUGAUGCCUGGACUAUAGUGGUUAUGUUACUUGGUGAAUUGCAAGAUUGGAUGCAGGAUGAUGCCUUACAAAUGAUGUGUGGAAACAUGUAUUGGAUUCCAAAAAGUCUACGUUAUUGCGAAUGGACACACGACCAAAUUAUGAAGAUGGAAGAAAAAGCUGAAUAG